AUGAUACGCAUCACCGUUUCGCUCGUGCUUGCCGCACUGGCAACGCCCGCAGAGGCAAAAGACCGCUGCACAGCCAUUCUCGUCGGUGCCAAGGCAUCCACGACUGGCACGCCCAUGACGACGCACACGAACGACUGCUCCUCGUGCGACUUUCGCAUCGCAAAGGUACCGGCCAAAGUGCACGAGGCUGGCGCGCAGCACGACGUCGUGCUCGCCGCCUUUGACUACCCGCGAUACGUUGGCACCGCUCGUGGCAAGGAGUAUCUCUCUGAGAACGUGGACACGCGGUUCUUUAAUUGGACUGCAUCGCCUACUAUUGGCAGCAUCCCGGAAGCACCACAAACGUUUGGCUACAUCGAAGGCGCUUACGGGAUCAUCAAUGAGCACCAAGUUGCUAUUGGUGAGAGCACUUGUCCCGCGCGGUUUUGGACCAGACCACUCACACAAGGAGGACACGCACUCUUUGAUGUGGGCGAACUCUCCCGCCUUGCACUGCAACGCACUCGAACAGCUCGUGAAGCCAUUCAGUUGAUGGGAGAUCUUGCAGUGCAGUACGGAUACUAUGGGGCUGAGUGGGAAGGUGACAACGUGUACGACGAGGCUGGUGAAGCGCUCACGGUGACGGACACGAAAGAGGCGUGGAUGUUUCAUAUUCUGCCGGACGAUACCGGCAAGUCGGCGAUCUGGGCUGCCCAGCGCGUCCUGGACGAUCAGAUUAGUGGCGUGGCCAACCAAUUUGUGAUCCACGAGCUGGACUUGAAUCGCCCGACAGAUUUCUUGGCCUCUCCUAAUGUGCACGACGUUGCUAUCCGCAACAACCUUUGGAGGCCUGAGAAUAGCAAGCCUUUUGACUUUACUCGUGUGUAUGCCCGGCCACGGGAGGCAACGCACCAGUACUACUCCACUCGUCGUAUCUGGCGCUUGUUCACGCUGGCGAAUCCGGCGCUGGAGCUGUCUCCAGAAACCGAUUUGUUUGCCAGUGACUACCCGUUCGGAGUCAAGCCAGCGUCGCCUCUAUCGCCUCGCGACAUCAUGCGCUUCCAGAGGGACCACUACGAAGGUACGCCGUUUGACAUGACCAAGGGUCCAAAGAGUGGUCCAUACGGCAACCCUGACCGCUACGACGCUUCCCCGAACGGUGACCUGACUCAAGAAGAUCUUUCGCGUGGCCACUUUGAGCGCGCAAUCUCCAUCUUUCGUGCGAGCUACUCGUUCGUCUCGAUCUUGGACCCACACAACCCGGACAACGCGUUUCUCUGGUUUGGCCAGUACGCCCCACAUGCCACCAUCUACACGCCCGUGUUUGUCCAAGUGACUGACGUGCCACAGCAAUUAUCACGUGGUUCGCUCUACGUAUUGGACCGGAAUUCAUCCUUUUGGGUUCAUGCUCUCGUGGGCAACUGGGCAUCACGCUUCUACUCGCACACCAUUCCUUUCGUGACAAGAGUGCAAGAUGAAGUGGAGAGCUACGCUAACGGUAUGCUCCAAAGUGUGCUUCUCGAAGCUGCGCGGCACAAGCGCGAUGGCGGUGUACCUGCCAUGGUCGAGUUCUAUACGACAAAGAGUGAGGCAUUUGCUCAACGUGCGCAUCAUGCGUCUGUGGACUUGUUCGACUACCUCGUCACGGCCUUUCACGAUGGCUACCAGGUGUCCAACUUUUACGCAAAGAAGCUCACUGUCCAAUCGAUCUUCUAUCCGAAGUGGUGGCUCCAAGAGGUGGGCUUUUUCGACGCCGUGGAAGCAAAAACGGACGCUCCUUCGACUGCGUCGGCGUCAUCGAGCACUGGCGCAGUUGCGACUGUGAAGACAAAGAUCGUCCAAGUCGCACACAAAGGAUCUGUGUCGUACGCCACUACCACGGUCCUCGUCCUGCUCGCGGGCAUUGCUGGUCUUUUCCUCGGCCGUAAAUACCACGGUCCGCUCACGACGAAGCCACGGGGAUACCGGUCACUGCCAUAA